AUGCACCCAGUGAACUUACUGUCGCUGAACAGUCAGUUGGCUGGCUUCAUGCUCAUUCCUUUUUGGUUCUACAAAGAUGGAUUGGCAUUAUGGUCGACUUUUACUGAUCCUGUCAACUCGGUAAGUGAUAGUAUCUUCAAAGUUAACUGUAACUUACAUUACUUACAGAAGGUCACAGAGCCCCUAUCCCACUUCAUCGGCUACCUCUUCAUGUCAGGUGUGUUGUCGUUCAUCCAAAACCCAUGUGCCUUCACCCUAAUCCAUCAACUCACGACUCUAUCCUAUGCCAUUUCGAAUGCUGCCAAACGAAUUGCAGUUAUCAUAAGAUCACUGGUAUAUCUUCGAAACCCGGUUACUCCGAUGAACUUUCUGGGCAUGUUAAUAUCGGUUAUGGGGGUGUUUAUCUACAAUCGAAUCAAGAGUUCGGAGCGAAUGAAACGGUCCAAAUCUCAACUGAUUCCGGAGACAAAUGAUGAUUAUAACAGUACCAAGUUCUUGAGACGAAACGACAGGGUGGUACACUUGGGCGGCAUGAGGAGUACUAAUAGUGAUGUAAAGUAGGUUUUAAAGUUUAUGGGUACGGUACUGAAAAUAAAAUUGUAUUUGUUUUAUGGUGCUAAAAAUGAAUUUAUAGUCGGUUUUUUGGUUCUGAUGAUGAAUGGGUUCUGUAGAAUUUUUUUUUUGUGGUGUAAAAGGGGUGGGGGGGGAGGGUCAUUUUUUAUUUUAAAUUGAAGGUCAUGGCCAAAGUUGUUAUGAAGUUACAAAAAAAAUAAAAAAGAAAUUUAGAACUUUAAUUUUCAGAUUACUGCUAUCUUCCUAA